CCGGGGGCUGGCAUGAGCGGCCCUUCGGCGGCGCCGGAGGCCGGGGGAGCCGCCGCCGCCUGAGCCCCGGCCUGCCGUCCGACCCCACCUCGCUGACCGAGGCUGACCGCGGAGCGUGCGAACGACCCCGCCACUGCUUUCUUCCUCCCCUAGAUCACACAUCUUUGCCCCGGAAGAUGGGGAACUGCCUCAAAUCCCCCACGUCGGAUGACAUCUCCUUGCUUCAUGAGUCUCAGUCUGACCGGGCUAGUUUUGGCGAGGGAACGGAGCCGGAUCAGGAGCCGCCGCCGCCAUAUCAGGAACAAGUUCCAGUUCCAGUCUAUCAUCCAACACCUAGCCAGACUCGCCUAGCAACUCAGCUGACUGAAGAGGAACAAAUUAGGAUAGCUCAAAGAAUAGGCCUUAUACAACAUCUGCCUAAAGGAGUUUAUGAUCCUGGAAGGGAUGGAUCAGAAAAAAAGAUCCGGGAGUGUGUGAUCUGUAUGAUGGACUUUGUUUAUGGGGACCCAAUUCGAUUUCUGCCGUGCAUGCACAUCUAUCACCUGGACUGUAUAGAUGACUGGUUGAUGAGAUCCUUCACGUGCCCCUCUUGCAUGGAGCCAGUUGAUGCAGCACUGCUUUCGUCCUAUGAGACUAAUUGAGCCAGGGUCUCUCGUCUGACUUUAAGUGAACCAUCAUUUUUGGUGGUUUUGAUCUUUUGUCACUGAGCCCAAAGAGCCAGGGAUUAGGAAUUAAGAUCAUGCACAAAAGUUUCCUAAAAAUUCCUGAAUGGCUGCAGAUGUUGGGGGAAAAAAAUGCGUGAUAUUUUAGAAACUUAGGGGGAAAAGUAGGAUGGUAUUUUUAUGUAAAGCCUUGACCCAGUGUUUAAAAAAUAUAAUUGUACUUAGAUCUUGUUAUUGCUCCAGUACAUAGGAAUUGUGUAAAGUGUUACAGCAGCUGUAUAUGUUUAAAUUGUGUGUGUUGAAGAUUAGGAAAAAGAUAGUGGUUGUUUUUCCUAAAUGAAAUAACUUUUCUUUUUUUUCCCCACCCAAAUUCUUUUCUGAAGUUGCUGGCAUUUGGGUCAAGGUUUUAUUAAAAGCUACAUUUUAUAACACUGGCACAAAAAAAAAAAGUAGUUUUAAGCUUGUUUGCACAGUUC